AUGGCAAGAAAAAGUGACGAAAUUAUAAUAUGUGACAUAACCCGAAAAGUUUUAAGAUACAGUAUGUUAUGGCCAAUAGAAAAAGAGGAAUUGAAUCCAGGCAUUAGAUAUAAACUUACAAUUCUAGCCUUUUUUUUAAUCACCGGUUUACAUGUUUUUUCAAUAACACUUUACUCAAUUUUAGAAAUAAGAAGUGGUUAUGACGUAAAUGCCGAGGAUCUGGCAAUAUUAAUUGCCAUUUACGGCACUUAUUUUAUGGUAUCUGCUUAUUUAAAUAACCAACACCAAAUUGCACUUUUAUUGCGUGAUUUAUCAAGAUUUAACAAAUUUGGAAAACCUCCAGGCUUUGAAAAACUCAAUCACCAAUUAAAUUUUAUGGGUAAAAUUUUAAUAGUUUAUUCAUUCCUUGCGACGAUUUUCUACAAUGGUGUAAAGUUUCUGCAAAAAGAUGAAUGUAAAAAAGUCAACAGGGAAAGGGGUUUGAGUGAUAAUCAUUGUGGAUUACUUGCUACAUUUAUGUUUCCAUUUCGAGUUGAUUAUUUUCCUGUAUUUUAUUUAGUUCUUCUUAUAACAUUCUUGGUGGCUAAUCUAUUGAUCAAACUCUGCAUGCACAUUUCUUUCAAUGCAUAUGAAAUUAUGAGUCAUAUUGUUUUGAGGAUUGAACAUUUAAAAGGCAUGAUUUGGGAUUGCUUAAACAACAAUAGCCAUACAGACGUGCAAGAAAAAUUCAGAGUUUGUAUUUUAUACCAUAUUGAAAUUUUAAAUUUCGCGGCAAGAUUAGAAAAGAGUUUUUUUGAUACAAUGUUUGGUCAUUUUGCCCUAACUGGUGCAAUUUGUGCUUGUCUGGAAAAACAAAUUGUUUCAGGUGUUAAUAUUUUUGCAGGAACUUUACAUUUUAUUGGAUGGAUUAUAGCAUUGUUUGUUGGUUGCGUAGCAGGGCAAUGUCUUCUUGAUGCAAGUGAAAUCAUACCUAAUGCAAUCUGGUCCAGUAAAUGGUAUGACGCAGAUUUAAUAACUAAGAAAAACUUACUCUUUAUGCUAGCAAGAUCACAAAAAAAUCUCACAAUUAAAGCUGGCGCUUUUGGAAUUUUGUGCUUUCCUCUUUUCGUAACGGUUUUAAAAACCUCGUAUUCUAUACUGUGNUGA